AUGGCGAUGGCCUCAAUAGCUAUGAUGUGGUACACGUGUCAGGCGGACAGCAACCUCCAUCCUCUAAUUCUGGUGCCUGGAAGUGGCGGGAACCAACUGGAAGCGAGGUUAACCAGAGACUACAAACCCUCAAGCUUCUUCUGCAACCGGUGGAACCCAAUUAGUAAGGACAAGAAUGGUUGGUUCAGGCUCUGGUUUGACCCAAGCGUCCUCUUAGCCCCAUUCACCAAGUGCUUUUGUGAGCGCAUGAUGCUCUACUAUGACCCCGACUUGGAUGAUUACCGAAAUGCCCCUGGUGUUGAGACCAGAGUCCCUCACUUUGGUGGAACCCAAGCUCUGCUCUACCUUGAUCCACAUCUCAA